AUUGUGGUCGGCCAGUGGACAUUGGUAUAAAGUCAGCUCGCCGUCACCGUUCUGCACUCUUCGCUUCACAGUCGAAUCGAAAACACAAGCUCGACAAUGAUCAAGAUCACGUGCAUCGUUCUCUUCCUGGCGGCAGUGGCGUCCGCUGGAUUAAUUCCUGCCGCCCCUCUGGUCGCCGCACCGGCAGCAGCGGUGGCUGCCGUCCCAGCACCAAUCGUGACUGCUAGAAGUAGUCAAGUCAUCGCUAGGAACUACAACACUUUUGCCGCGGCACCACUCGCCGCUGCACCGUUGGCCGCUGCACCGUUGGCCGCCGCGGCGUACAGCUUCCCUGCUGCCUUGCCUGUAGCUGCACCUGCUGCGAAGAUAGUCGCCGCUGCACCUGCUGCGUCGUACCCAUACGCUGCAUACUACACCACUCUAUGAUCACACCAAUGAUUACGAUUGUCGCUACCUGAUUUGUUAUUUUUAAGCCUUCUCUCCAUUUUUAUGCAAUAAACUGCAAAUUAAAGCAAAGCA